AGGUGAAGCCACUUCCGGGGCCAGCAUUUGCCAGCAGUAAACAUGGCGGAGGAGCUGGUGGAAACAGUGGACAGACUUCAGUCCCGGCUCAUGGAGAGCCCGGAGCCGCGCAAGCUUCUCAAGACGCUCAAAAGACUCGGCGAGCUGCCCAUGACCGUCGACAUUCUGGUGGCAACUGGAGUGGGAAAGAUUGUGAACUCCUUCCGCAAACAUGAAGUAGCCGCCGAGAUGGCGAAAAACCUGGUGGCCAAGUGGAAGAAACUCGUCCCGCAGUCGGCCGACAGUCGAAGCAGCACCAGUCAGGUGAAAGAGGCAGCACGGUCACAUUCUCGAAGUGCCGAUGUGGCCGUUAGUAGACGGCGGCGUGACCCCUCCCCCGAUGAAGAGGAGGAUACCUACGCCGAAGAAGAAGAGGAGCGAGGCUAUCGCACCAACUACUCACCUUCACCGCCCCGGCGCCUGCAGUACAGCCCCCCGCAGCCUGAGAGCGACCAGUCCGACAAGUACGACAGCCCCGGGCCGGAACCCGAGCCCAGCCCCUCUCCUCCGCCCCCUCCCCGUAUGCCGCCGCUUCCUCGCAAACAUGGCAAGCCCAGCAAAGCUGACAAGAACCACCACCACCACGGCGACCACUCGAACCGCGUCAAGGACAGUGAGACGCGGCAGAGGCACAUGCCCACGAGCUGCGGCGAUGGAAAGAAGCGCAACGCCGACCGGGAACGCAGUCCGCCCGCAAAUUCAGCCAAGCAUGGCAGGAAGUCAGACGGCGGCAAGCGGGAGGACGCCAGGAAGGGAGCAGAAGCACAGGCGGACUCGCCGGGCAGCAAGGAGGGCAACGAUGACUUUGAGACGCCCACCAAGUCCUUUGAGUCCUUCCUUACCUACGACGCGCCGACGUCUUCUGCAAAAAAGAAGAAGAAGAAGAGCACACCGGCAUCUUCAUCCUCGCACGCUCGCGCCGCCACGAUUACGACAAAGCCGACGUCUUCCAGGCGCGACGCUCAACCUCCCGCCUCCUCGUCCUUGCCUUCGUCCUCCAAAAAGAUCAAAGCAAACGGCGUGCAGAGCACAAAGAGGUCUCACUCGGGCGCCUCUUCCACUGUGCCGGAAAAACGAAAAAGGGUGGUAGAGGCCGUCCUGUCACUUCCCGAAAUCCCCCUGCCGGACAUCCAGCCCGAUUACAGACCUCUGCCUUCCUUCGACAUCACGCCGUUGUCCCCUCAGAGGCGGAAAGGACCCGUAUUCAACGACGAGGAGGACGCCGGCUUCACGGGCAAGCGCUUCAAUUCCAAGAUGGUGGUCUACUCGGGAUCCAAGACCGCCUACCUCCCGCGGAUGAUGACGCUCUACGAGCAGUGCAUCCGCGUGCUCCAGAACAACAUUGACUCCAUCGAUGAGGUGGGAGGCGUCCCCUUUGAGAUCCUGGGGCCGGUCUUGGAGCGCUGCACUCCGGAGCAGCUGUACCGCAUCGAGCAGAGCAAUCAGUGGUUCAUAGAGGACUCGAACGAACUGUGGAUGCGUCACUGUCAGCGCGACUUCAAGCGAGAGACGCCCCAGGAGUACGAGUCCUGGCGGGAGAUGUACUUACGGCUGCACGACGAGCGGGAGGCGCGCCUGCGCCGGCUCACACAGAAUAUUAGCAUGGCGCACGCCAACAAGCCCAAAGAGCGGCAAGUCAAGAUGGCGUACGUCAACUCCGUGGCCAAGCCGCCUCGGGAUGUCCGCCGCCGGCAAGAAAGGUUUGGGACCAGCAACGGUUCUUCAGCGGACUCUGUCAACGCCGCCACGCCUAUCAAAAUAAGACCAGCCACCGACUACUCCGGCAGGUCCAGUCCGCCGUCGUCGUCCUCGUCACUCCUCAACACUUCACCCGGAUCGUCGCAAUCCCCAGCAUUGAGCGCCGGAGCCUUACGAGAACGACAGGCCCUCCGGGAAAAGCCCCAAGUGAAAAAAAUCGCCCCCAUGAUGGCCAAAACUAUCAAAGCUUUCAAGAACAGAUUCUCCCGCCGAUAAAUGUUCCGAAUCGAAAGCUUUUUAUCCAAGGCGUUGUCUUGCGGCUAAACAUGAACUUUCGCAGGAUCAAAACGGGAGGGAAAGGGGUAGAACUUUUUUUUUUUUGACUUGGGCUUUUGUGUUGUUGUUGUUGAAUCGCUAUUUAAAUAACAGCUGUUUCAGUGUGGAAACAAAACGCUCAUUUUAGGACAACAUGGCACAAAUUUACACCAGACAUAACAUCAUUUACUCGUUUGUGGAAAGAAGAAAUAUCCGCCCGCAAAUUUGUGGCCACCAAUUUGGUAUAACCUGUGCACAAAUGAGUUACUAAUGUUUGCAUUCCUGGACGUUUGGGUAAGUUAUGACAACGCAGCCCCCGUGAGGAAUUAUACAAAGUGCGCUCGAUUUGCUCACCCAGACGUCCAAGCUGUUCAUAGGAUCAACCCACAAAUGAGUGUUACAUACAAAUGUUAUUUUGUGCCCAUUUCAUGCAAAUGUUAUUUUGAGUAUUAUCUCCCUUGCCAGGUCUGAGGCUCUUAUACACCAACAUUGUUUUAAAAAAGAAAAAAAAAAAGUAAUAAGGAAUUGCUCAUUUGUUUUAUGUAUUUAUAUCCGCUUUGAAUGAAAACGUGAUGACUGUCUUUUAAAUUGAGUGCAUGACGCAAAGCAUUCACUGACUGCGCUGAAGUCACACAAUACAGUGUUUUGACUUUUUAUGAGAGGGGGGGCUCAAAAGGAUCAACUCACUGCUCUUUUUAAAGUCUUCUUUCCUGCUGUCCACUGUUUGUGCGUGUCCCCCGUGUGUAAAUAUCCACUUUAUCUGCUUCACUGUGACAAACCAGAAGAUGAGGAAAACAACCCACAAUUAGUUUAUUUUCAGAGAUGUAUUUAUGACACUAUUAAUGACGUAGAUCAAAUGCCCCUUGCUUGUCUUUGGCGCACAAAAAGGAAGUAGAUGGAAAACCUGUAAUUUUACUAGAUUUUAAUAAAUGUUCUAUGGUCAUUUUUUUAUUAAAUUGGAAUUUUUUGCCCAAA